GAAAGCCCCGCCGGGCAAUGGGAUCACCGGAAAGCAGCUUGGGGCAGCGAGGUGGAACAGGCGCGGACCGGAAGUUCCGAGGCCUUGAUGUCCGGGGGAUCAGUUAGGUGCGGACGCCGGAAGUGGCGAGUCGGUGGCUGUGGGGCGGAGCCCGUGGAGUGCGCGUCCCUCAGCGGCGGUGACAUGGAUCCGGGAGCUGCAGAGCUGUACGACCAGGCCCUGCUGGGCAUCUUGCAGCAUGUGGGCAACGUUCAGGACUUCCUGCGCGUCCUCUUCGGGUUCCUCUACCGAAAGACCGACUUCUACCGCUUGCUGCGUCACCCAACGGACCGCAUGGGCUUCCCGCCCGGCGCCGCGCAGGCCCUGGUGCUGCAGGUAUUCAGAACCUUUGAUCACAUGGCCCGUCAAGAUGAUGAGAAGAGGAGGAAGGAACUUGAAGAGAAACUCAGAAAAAAGGAAGAAGAGGAGGCCAAGGCUGUGGGGACCGCUGCUGCUGAGAAGGAACAAGUCCCAGUCCCAGUUCAGGAAAUAGAGAUUGACUCUGCCACAGAGUCGGCUGGGCCUCAGGAAAUAGAGAAGGUGCAGCCGCCAGGCCUGCAGGAUGCGGAGCAGGAGGGGAUCCAGGGCUCGAAGGAAAUAGAAGCCUCGGGAGCUGUCGCCAGUGCUGCUGAAGUCGCCCCAGAACCCCCAGUGCUCCCCAGGGUUCAGGAGCAGUUCCAGAGAAACCCUGACAGUUACAACGGUGCUGUCCGUGAGAACUACACCUGGUCGCAGGACUACACCGACCUGGAAGUCAGGGUGCCGGUGCCCAAGCAUGUGGUGAAGGGGAAGCAGGUCUCGGUGGCCCUCAGCAGCGGCUCUAUCCGCGUGGCCAUGGCAGAGGAGGGCGGAGAACGUGUCCUCAUGGAAGGGAAGCUCACCCACAAGAUCAACACUGAGAGCUCCCUCUGGAGCCUGGAGCCGGGCAAGUGUGUGCUGGUGAACCUGAGCAAGGUGGGCGAGUACUGGUGGAAUGCUAUCCUGGAGGGUGAGGAGCCCAUCGACAUCGACAAGAUCAACAAGGAGCGCUCCAUGGCCACUGUGGAUGAGGAGGAGCAGGCGGUCCUGGACAGGCUCACCUUCGACUACCACCAGAAGCUGCAGGGCAAGCCACAGAGCCACGAGCUGAAAGUCCAUGAGAUGCUGAAGAAGGGGUGGGAUGCUGAAGGCUCUCCCUUCCGAGGCCAGCGAUUCGACCCUGCCAUGUUCAACAUCUCCCCGGGGGCUGUGCAGUUUUAGUGACUGGAAGGAAAAGGAUGGCCCUUGUCCUCAGCCGCCCCCCUCAGCUCCCUGCAUGCCAGGGAUGCACUCCUCUCCUUUUUUCCUAGCUGCCCUUUCUCUAAGGGUGAGCCAGGCCUUCCCUCCUGACCUCGCACCGCCAGACUGUUGGGAGAAGGUGCGGGGCCAGUGUUGCCAGCCGCUGUGGCCAACGCUGAUGGAAGGUGUUUGACACACAGGAGGAACACUUGCCCAAGAACCGGGAGCACACACUGUCUCUACAGCAACCAGCUGCGUCGGGCUGCACCCACCCCACCCCUUUCGCUGUUGUUUUGAUGUCCUCUGCUUGCUGUCCUUGUGGCUGGGUGUGGAGUUCUGUCCCCUCAGCAAGGCCAAGUUGAAGUGUGGAGCUCAGUGCUUGCAUGAGGGCAACUGGGGCAUGCUGUGGGGUGCUGCUUGGCCUCUGCCGGAGCCCCUCACCUUCUGGGGUGUGUUCACAUGCGCCUUGCUCUUUGUAAGUCUGCUGGGGUGUGUCGCCUGCACGUCACUGGUGUUGGGGACUGCGCAUCGGCUGUGGACCCAGCCACAGUGCAUCCCGUCUGCACUCGGACUGCAGCCGCCUUUCCAGGCUCUUAUGGAAGUGACCAGGCCCAGCCCCGCUGCAUGGCACACAAGCUGGGCUGUCAGGAGACAUCCUUGUGGGGUUUUGGCCAGGCACAGACUUGGGCACCCCCGGGAGGAGACCACAGCAAGCUCACAGCCUGGACCUCAGCCACAGGAGGAGGGGUGUCUGUGGUGACACCAGACAGCAGUCCCUGGAGCCAACAGACUGUCCCACUGUCCCCGGGGACUGGGCACCUCCCCAGCAGCCUUGCACCCAUGCCUUGAGCUACAGCUGCUGCCCUUCUCCAGCCAGAUUGUGCAGACUGGGCCAAGGGGCAGGACCCAGGGACCCAAGUGGUCCCAGGGGCCUCCGUGCACCUGUAGCCAGGAACUUGUGUCACCUCUUCCCAGUGCUGCCCCUCACCUGGCUCUCAGCCUUGGUACACAGAUAGGUCACAGCACAGGUCUCCGUGCCUGUGCCACCUGCAGCCCACUAGAAGCAAGGCCUGGCCUCCUGCUCGCUGGGAGAGCUGGGAGGGGCUGUCCCCAGGGGUGCAAUGGUGGGAUGUCCCUCCAGGGGCAGCCAUCUUUAGCUGUGGAGCCAGAGCUGGUUCUCUGCAGCCAGGAAAGGGGAUUUCUGGGCCCCAGGGAUGCAAACAGCCCGUGAGAGGUGUGAACUGGGAGGUGUUCUGUGGUUCAAGGGGAGGAACAGCCGUGAGAGCCCUGUCAUCUCGCAUUUGCCAUGGAGCUGGUGCCAGGGAACAGAACUGUCACUUUCCAGGGGCCCUGAGAAAGUUGUGGUCAUUUUUCCUGAAAUUCCCACCAGGAGCCUGAGGUUUGCAUACUGCUGCGCGCAGGAGUGGGUGUGUCUGCUGUCCUCUCCCUGGUCCCCUAGUUGUCCCGUCCCUACCUGUGGCUGGUCCUCCCGAGGAGUGACAGAGUGUUGGAACCCUGUGCCUCAUUGGGGAGAGGUGGAGUUGUUCCUUUCCAUGGCAGUGUCUUCCUCUUGCUUGGUUUUGUUCUCCGUGUGGAUUUCUUCCCAUUUCCUGCCCUGCUUCACAAGUGCAAGCCCCUGUCCAGGAGGAGCAGUGUGAAGCUGGGGCUGCAUGGCGGCAGCAGCCAUCCCCAUCUGGCCCUGCCAUGCCACCCCCCCCACCCCCCCCGCGGCAUGGCUUGUCCCCAGCGCCUGGUGGAUGGGUCGCUGCCCGGGGUGCCACUCUGGGCCAGACCAGUGUCUGUCCGUAGCUGGCGCACGGCCUGUUUUCUCUUUUUAGACACAACAGCUGCAGUUUGGCCACUAAGUCCCACCAGCUGAGGUCCGAGAAAAGCGGGUUGACUCAUCCCCCUUGUCCAGGGGCCCCGGAGAGUGGGAUGUCCAGCCUGCAAAGCUGCUUCAGUUCCUUGGUGUUAGUUUGCAAUAAACCUGUAUCUAAGCAUG